CUCCAGUCAGCCUCAGGGGGGCGUCCAGAGCAGCUUAGGGGAGAGGAAGACAGACAGCAGAGACCGAGGGAGACAUAGUGAAGGAGAGACGCAGAGAGCCAGGCCCAACAGGGGACAGACCCCAUAUUUGCCCCCAUAGCCACAGACGCAGCUGCAGCCAGCCCUGGGAGAAGCUCUGCUGCUUGUCUGUCCCCAUGGGCCACUGUGGGCCAUGGCUGCACACUUCUGUCCUCUGGGCUGCCGUGGCCAGCCUGCUCCUCCCCCCGGCCAUGACCCAGCAGCUGAGAGGGGCUGGGCCAGGCCUCAGCAACUGGAACAACAAUGCGGGAGUCGCCGGGCUCGCAGGGGACGCGGCCGAGUUUGGUCACCAUAUCCGCAGUCACGGAGACCGUCAAGAUGAGGAUGUCUCCACAGAGAACGGGCAUCGUCUCCGCAGCCACAGAGACCCUGGGGAGAAGGACGAGGCUAUCUCUGGGGAGUAUGGCCACAGGUACCCAGGCCGCCCGGUGGGAGACGAGGAUGGCUCUGAGGAGGAGGUCUUCACAGAGCAUGCUCGGCCAGCCCCUGGGCACCGAGGCCAGGGGAAUGAGGAGGUGGGAGGCUCAGCUGAGCAUGGGCACCACAUCCCCGCCACGGGCCCCCCCCCCCCCCGCCACGGGAGCCAGGGCCAUCUAGACGAGGAUGAGGACGAAAUCGUGUCCAGCGAGCACCGCCACCGCAGCCUCAGGCAUGCCCGCCGAGGCCACAGAGGGGACGACGGUGAGGAAGAGGAGGUGGAGGAGGAGCGGGAGGAGGAAGACGUCUCUGUUGAGUAUGGACACCAGGCCCACAGGCAUGGAGGCCACGGGGAGGAAGAGGAAGAGGAUGAGGAUCCCUCUGAAGAACACCACCACGUUCCUAGCCACAAGCACCACGGCCAUGAAGAAGAGGAGGAGGAGGAAGAUGAUGCAGUCUCCUCAGAAUAUGGACACCACGUCCACUUGCACCGAGGCCACAAGAAGGAGGAGGAUGAGGACGUCUCAGAGGAACACCACCAUCAUGUCCUCAGGCACGGAAGCCACAGAGAAGAAGAAGAUGAUGUCUCCGAUGAGUAUGGACACCAGGUCCACCUGCACCGAGGCCAUGGGAAGGAAGACGAAGAGGACGCCUUAGAGGAGCACCACCAUCAUGUCCCUGACCACAGGCACCUAGGCCACAGAGACAAGGACAAUGAAGAUGACGAUGUGUCCACCGAACACUGGCACCAAGUUCCCAGACACUCCCAUCACGGCCUUGGAGAUGAGAAAGAAGAAGAAGUCACAGUCAAGUUCGGCCACCAUGCUGCAAGCCACCAACCCCAACGCCACAAGAGGGAGGAGGAGGAGGACUUCCAAGGUGAUUCUAAAGCAGAAGACCUUGGCCAUCACCAGCACGGGGUCCCCAGGGAAGAAGAAGACAUGUCUGCUGAAUUUGGCCACCAGGUCCCCAGCCAUAGACAACAAAGCCACCAAGAUGAAGAGAGUGGUCAUGGUCACAGAGGGUCCAUCGAAGAGGAGAUUAGCCACCAGCCUCCCGAACACGUGGGGGUCGUGGAUAGAAGCCGCUUGAGGGAGGAUGACUCUGAAGAGGAAGAGGAGGAAGACCACAGCACCCAUGAGGAAGAUGAAGGUUCAGACCAGGGAGAGGAAGGUGCCCACCAUAGCAGUCUGGACGAGGAAGAAGAGGAGGAUGAGGAGGAGGGUCAUGGCCUCAGCCUGAGCCAGGAGGAGGAAGAUGAGGAGGAGGAGGAGGAAGAGGAGAGGAGGGAGGAAGAGAGGGCUUCGGUUCAGGUCCCACUGAGCCAAGACCACAGGGAAGAGGAGGAGCUGGAGGAAGGAGAACUGCCAUUCACGAUCAUCCCCGAUCCCCUGGCCAGGAGGGAGGUGGCAGCAGAGGCUUCCAGUGAGGAGGAGAGUGGCGAGGACACAGGUCUGCAGGACGCCCCAGUGUAUGGGAACUACCAGCCAGGGUCCCUGUGUGGUUACUGCUCCUUCUGCAACAGAUGCACCGAAUGUGAGAGCUGCCAUUGUGACGAGGAGAACAUGGGCGAGCACUGCGACCAGUGUCAGCACUGUCAGUUCUGCUACCUCUGCCCGCUGGUCUGCGAAACUGUCUGCACUCCUGGAAGCUACGUCGACUAUUUCUCUUCGUCCUUAUACCAAGCCCUGGCGGACAUGCUGGAAACGCCGGAACCCUGACCUGGCCGCGCUGCUGCGGCUGCGGCUGCCACGUAGAUAUACCUCCCCUCGCCCGCCAACCCCUUUCCA